AUGUCAGGGCGAAUAUCGUCAAAGGUCUUUAUUCCGAGUCCGUACGCUGGUGAACCUAAACCCGGAAAAUCGACGCACAGAAGGAAGCUCGCUCUGGCAGACAUCAGCCAUAAAGACUACCUUUUCUUGAGGAGGCUUGCUACCACUCUACCCAUGGACGCUUCGCUUCGACUUUCGGUAAGGCACUUCGAAUCACCUGGUAUUUGGCGGCAAACCUCAUUAGAACAGGAUGUCUUGGAUCUCCAUGUCGUAACAGAAUACCUCACAACCUAUUUUGGGUACCAUAUCGAUUUGAUUGUCGCCCACUCUCGUGGUACGAUACUCGCCGUCCGCUGGCUAUGUACAACUGAGGAAGGGAAAAGUGUUUCGGGAUUUGUAAAUGUGUCCGGUCGAUAUCGCAUCCGAACCAAAGUUUACCCCGAAGACAUAGACACGUCCGCUAAUUUUGAUGGGUCGCUGGUGGAAUCCACGUUCCCUCAAAGAACUGAUAUUCUAACGACACACGGGGUGCUGGACAGGACAGUGCCGGUGUAUGACGCCAUGCUGUACGUAAAGACCCUCAGCAAGCGCUACCCUGGGACGCAUUCCUUGCACCUCAUGGAGAAUACGGAUCACAACUGUACCGGACGGUACGAUGAAGUGGAUAGCCAAUUGAAAGGGAAGCUCCAGUCAGGUGUCUGGAAAGGGACGGAAGAUGUGAAGGGCAAACUGUAA